GGCUGCAGGCGGGCAGGGAGGCCGGCCUGGUGACGGAGGACGAGCCAGGCCCGCCCGCCCGUCCCGCGCUGGCGCCGGGAGACCCGGCCGAGAUGCCGGUGCGGAGCUCCUGCCGCUGCCCCGCGGAGCCGGCCCCGGGAGCCUCCGCCGCCGCCCGCCUGGAGCCGCCGCCGCCCAUCAACACGGCGCAGCCCGGCGUCAGCACCAGCCGCCUCUACAGCGGCGCCAAGUUCCGCGGGCAGCAGCGCUCCAAGGGCAACGCCUACGAGGUGGAGGUGGUGGUGCAGCAUGUUGACAUGGAUAACUCCUAUCUCUGUGGAUACUUAAAGAUUAAAGGCCUUACUGAGGAGUAUCCAACGCUUACUACUUUCUUUGAAGGAGAAAUAAUCAGUAAAAAGCAUCCGUUUUUAACCCGGAAAUGGGAUGCAGAUGAAGACGUGGAUCGUAAACAUUGGGGGAAGUUCCCAGCCUUUUACCAGUUCGCAAAAAUAUUUAACUCUGAUGAUUUUGAUUAUGAGGAUCUGAAGAAUGAUGACUUUGUCUUCAUGAGAUGGAAAGAGCAGUUCCUAGUCCCAGAUCACACCAUUAAAGACAUCAGCGGGGCAUCCUUCGCUGGAUUUUAUUACAUAUGCUUUCAGAAGUCUGCAGCAUGUAUAGAGGGCUAUUACUAUCACAGGAGUUCAGAAUGGUAUCAAUCUCUGAAUCUGACUCACGUCCCUGAGUACAGCGCACCCAUUUACGAAUUCCGGUGACAGGGAUGCCAAGAGCUUCACUAAGAGAUGGCCAGUGAGGCCGGGGGGUGGGGAGAGAAGGAGGCGAGCGCCAGGGCGCAUCUUCUAUUCAGACAACGGGGAUGUCUCGGUCAGGACAGAAGACACCAGGCUCCGCUCUUACGGGCAUCUGGACCGAUCUGAAAGCACAAAGGGGAAUCCAUGGGACCGCCUGAUCCUCCUUCCAGCUGCGUGGCCAACAUGCCCCCGUAGUCUGGUCUCGGAGCUACCGUUCAAUGCCCUUUUCUUGCCGAGUUCGCCUCUUGGGAUCGCUGAGAAUCCUUUCCCCUUCGCUCCUUUUGGGGGGAGGAAAUGCCUGCAUCUCCCCAGAUCCACCUUGGAAUAGAAGAGAACAUAAGUUGCUUCCUGCUUAUGUUGCUUCCUCCUUGGCUCCGUGUAGGGGUUCCUCUAGAACAGGUGCGGGGGUGUGUGUGUCCUGUCUGGUCUAAGCGCUACUUGAGGUUGGUGUGUCUGGCCCACAACUGCAGUGUUUGCUGAGGAAGCAGUUGGCCGAAGAAAGGAGGGCCUGGCUGGGGGUGGGAUGAAUGAUCUGCUCCUGUUGGUUUACAAGGCUCAACUUUCUCAGGAAUGUUAGUCAGUCCCAGCAGCGCGAGCUCAAAGCAACCUGCAGUGGCGGGAAAGCUAAUUAUGCCGAUGCAGAAUUUGCAACAUUAAAUGGAAAAAUGUUUAAGGACUUUUUGAAAGAGGGGUGUUUUUAUGGACCACUUCCUCACCGCUGGCCUCAAAGACUUGUGUGGUAACGUGCACAAAUUAUUCUUCAUGAUAUUUUACAAUGGCUGUUUUUUUAUUUUUAUUUUUUUCUCUCCUCCCGGUGAAAAUGAGUGCAAGCUCACCAGCUCGCAUCCUGGUGGAUGGUGGUGAGCUCUCUCUCUCUCUCUCUCUCUCUGUAAUUAUCUCGCAGUGUUGCCACCUGCUCAUCACGAAGGAAGCGCUUGGCGAUAUGCAAAUUACGCUUCUGAUGUGCGCGCCAGGUUUACGCUGCAGAAAACACCAGAUAUUUGCUAGGACUUUUAUCAGACCAAAAAAAAAUAAAAAUAAAGCAUCCUCACCCCCCUCCCCAAAUAAACUGGUCUCCCAAGACUUUGAAAUGUUCAGUGACUUAAGGCUUCUGUGCCAAACUUUAUGCAUGUGUGGUUGUGUAAGAGUGGCUGUCCUGUUUCAUACGGCCUCAAGAGGCUUCUGCAUCUCCACGUCGUCGUUGGGGGUGGGUGGGAACCGCUCUGCCACUCGAAUUUUCAGAGCAGGAACAUGAUGCAGCUCGUGAGCCGGGCAUGCUGUUCUCCUUGCUUGCUUGCUUGCUUCGAAAUGCUUAGAAUGCGCUCCGCUGCCGUCCUGUCUGCUUCCGCAGGUGCCUUGGACUUUGCAGUGUUUGGCAAUGGAGAGGGACGGAAUGUCCCCAGUGGCCAAAAAUUAUAGGUUGUGGUUGUUCGCUUUGGGGCUCGGCCUUUGUGGCAGGAUCAGAAGCGUUCAUCAUGGCUUGAUUUUCAAACAUGGGCAGGUAACUGGGGCGGAGGAAGAAUUUCUCUCUGUCUCCAGCACAGUGUGUACCACGGUCUUGGAGAGGGGCAGGGAAUAAAUACUACAGGCUGUGCUCUUAGAGUACGGAAUGGUUUUCGCUUCCUUGAAUGAUGGGGGGGGGGGGGGUCAAAAAGUGUCGCUUGCAAAAGGUCGCUGAAAAAAAGGACUUGAAAGUAGGUUGGAGCAGCGUUCUUCUCUGUAGCUCUUUGUUCUUCCCGACAGCGAGCAAAGCUGGAAUAAACGAUGUAAAAGAAGAUAAAUCUUUGUGCAGGCUGGCUCAUUUGACACGUGGAUUGUAGAAUCCUGCUGUUUUGUUUUAAUUUCAGAAUUUGGCUUGUUAAGACAGACUAUUUAAAAGAAUGACCACUGGCCUACACUAUCCUAUAUCUUUCAGCACAUGGUAGCUGUGCAUGUUAAGGUGGGCUCUUUCCUUUCCUUUGCCACAGUGUAAAUCGGAGAUGUCCAAGCUUGGCAAAGUUCAGACCUAUGAACAUAGGCCUCUUGUGGAGAAGUAGUUGUGCCUGUAAUUGGAUUGGGAUCAACCUGCUUAUAACCUUUGGCACUGGAGGAAAAUGGUUGAACAGUCACAGCUUGCCAGAAGAUGAUGAAAAACUUCAGGUUAAAGGAUUUUCCAGAGCCUCUCCAGCCAGUGAUGCUUAACAGCAAAACUUAAAAGAAUUAAACUUAUAUGGUAGAAGUGACCUUGGAAGCGCUGGCCAAGGAAAAAUUUGGAAUCUACAGAAAGUGAUAAGUUGUCUCUCCAUUUCAGCACCUUCCCUGUAGCAUACAAGGAGAGGCUAGUCCUGUUCACACUGUCCCAAAUUGAGAAAGAUUGCAAAACAAACUUGGUUGCGGUUCCUUCUUGGGCAUCUUUUCUUUUCCCUUGGGGGGGGGGAGUAAAUGACCAUAAAUCAUUGGGAUGAUACUGUCCUGGUUGUUGAAAUGUUUAGUUUCACAUGCCACGGAGAGCCUUGAGAUAAUAUCCUUCAGGCAUAGACUUCCAUGAUUUAUGUGAAAAUGGUUUUUCAGCUAAGGGAGUGAAGUCCAACUUGUGCCAGGCAUUGGUAGAAGGGAAUAUAUGGCAGGCCUUCAGCUGGGCUUAAAGUUAAUUUAACUCAAAGAUUGUAUAAUCACCUCUAACCUCAGGUGGUGGUUUCUUUUGGAACCUAAUCUCUCAAAUGUUAGAAAAUGUACUUCUUACUCUAGCCACCGAAAAUUCCAGGGGCCUUUGCGCUAAUGCCCAAGCUGUUUCCCAAGGCUUGUUAUUAAACAGAUGGAACAUUUUGUAGCAGGAAUUUAUAUCAGAUUUCUACCCUCCAUUCGGGAGAUUUGAAUAACUUGGAAUAAACAAGGCAAUAUCAGGUUGGAGGAAGCAGGAUUUCCAUUCUGUUUAAGGCAUCGAUGUGACAUUCAUUUUUGGCCUAGAACUCUGGUUUGAUGCACUAACAGAUGCUUGCGCUUGAGAUGAAGUAGAUGGGAAUUAAGUUGGGUAAAGUUAGUAUUUCAACUUUUCUUUUGAAAAUAGCUUUUUUUCCCCCUUUAAGGCUUGUCUUUCAUUCUCUCUGUCUAUUAAACAAGAGCCGUUGCCUCUGGGUUUAUUGAAAAAAACAGGAUGAAGCUUGUCGAAGGGGUCUUCCAAAAUGUAUGGAAAGGAUGUUAUAAGCUUAAUCACAGUAUUAAAGAGUAUUUAUAGAUGAAUUGCAGAAAAGAGACUGGGGUUUUUUUUUCUUCCAGAGUUAUCAGUGUCCCAAAUAAAAGAAUGUGUAUUUAAAAAGC